AUGUCAACUCUAGUGUUGUCCAGGGCCGCCAAAGCCCCCAGGACCACCCUGGUGCUGCUGUCCUUGGAAUCCGCCCUGGAGUCUGCCGAGGCCUUGUUGGUGACCUUGCUAGUGACCGUGGUUCUCGUGUUUCUCGUGCUUAUGCUUGUCAUGCUUGUCGUGCUUGCAUUUGCAGAUUAUCUUGGGACCUACGAAUCGAACAUCGAUUGA